GCUUUCAUCCUGGGGUCUCAGUUUCUUUGUGUGAAAAGUAGAAAUGGGUGUUACAAUUAUCAAUGAGCUCUAAGGGUGUAAAGGUGCUCUGAGAAGUAGGAAGGCUGAACCCGGACUCCCUGGGCCAAUGCUUACACCUGACAAACGAUGGCCUGAGCUAUGAGCAAAGAGGACUAUAUGAAUACUUCGGUGCAAGAGCCCCCUCUUGACUUCUCCUUCAGAAGCAUCCACAUCAUGCAAGAUCUGACAAGUGAGGAGCCAAGAACAGGGCUACGACCACUAAGACACUCAAAGUCAGGGAAGUCCCUGACCCAGUCCCUGUGGCUGAACAACAAUGUCCUCGCUGACCUGAAAGACUUCAGGCAUGUGGUUUCACUGCUUCUGGAGCAUCCAGAGAACCUGGCCUGGAUCGAUCUCUCCUUUAACGACCUGAUUUCGAUUGACCCUGUCCUGACAACUUUCUUCAACCUCAGUGUCCUCUAUCUCCAUGGCAACAGCAUCCAGCGCCUGGGAGAAGUGAACAAGCUUGCUGUCCUCCCUCGGCUCCGGAGCCUGACACUCCAUGGGAAUCCCAUAGAGGAAGAGAAGGGGUAUAGGUGACCAGUAGGGACUAUGUCCCCCGCCAUCGCACUGGCCUUCCUGCCACUGGUGGUGACAUUGCUGGUGCGGUACCGUCACUAUUUCCGACUGCUGGUGCGUAUGGUCUUGCUGCGGAGCCUCCGAGACUGCCUGUCAGGGCUGCAGAUUGAGGAGCGGGCCUUCAGCUAUGUGCUCACUCAUGCCCUGCCUGGAGACCCCAGUCAUAUUCUCACCACCCUGGACCAUUGGAGCAGCCACUGCGAGUACCUGGGCCACAUGGGGCCUGUCAAAGGUCAAAUCCUAAUGCGGCUGGUGGAGGAGAAGGCGCCUGCUUGCGUGCUGGAGCUGGGCACCCAUUGUGGGUACUCCACACUGCUUAUUGCCCGUGCCCUGCCCCCAGGGGGCCGCCUUCUCACUGUGGAGUGGAACCCACGCACGGCAGCAGUGGCUGAAAAACUCAUCCGCCUGGCUGGCUUCGACGAGCACACGGUGGAGCUCAUCGUAAGUAGCUCAGAGGAGGUAAUCCCACGCCUACGAACCCAGUACCGGCUGAGUCAGGCAGACUUGGUGCUCCUGGCACAUCGGCCCCGAUGUUACCUGAGAGACCUGCAGCUUUUGGAGGCCCAUGCCCUGCUGCCAGCUGGUGCCACUGUGUUGGCUGACCACGUGCUGUUCCCUGGUGCACCCCGCUUCCUGCAGUAUGCCAAGAGUUGUGGCCGCUACCGCUGCCGCCUCCACCACAGUGGCCUCCCUGACUUCCCUGCCAUCAAGGACGGCAUAGCCCAGCUCACCUAUGCAGGGCCUGGCUAAGGUCCAGGGGAGGGGACUGCUGCCUCUCCACCCCCACCGAAGCAAGGACUUCAGAACAUCCCUUCCUCUCCCUGCUUGUGACCUGACACAUGCUGGGCUCAGGGCUAGGUAGGCUGUCCUCCAAUAUCUGCCCCACUCCAGUUCUACACUGACAUAAGGCAUCAAGUUCUUUCAGGAUGCUUGGUUCCACUGGCCCCUCUCCUUCCAGAGAGCCAUGGAUUGACAGGAAAGAGGCCUGACCUCCCAACCCAACUCUGUCACUGAUUUUCUGAGUGAGUCCAAGGGAGUCCCUGUGCUGCUUGAUGAUUUAAUCUGCUUUGUUAAUACCAAGGAAGCUGGGUGGAAAAUCCCCAGGGGACUCCUAGCUCUAGAACUCAGAAGCCUUCCCUCCUCAAUCUAUCCAAUUCCAGGUAGAAUCAAAGGAAACAGUAAACACUGAGUUAGAGGCUCAGAAGGAAUGGGUACAAGCUGAGUCCGAGAAAAUGGUCAUGGAGCCUGGGCCCAGGGCCAGGGCCACCCCUAGCCCUGGACCACAUGGUCUAGUAUGCUUGCCUGAAGUUCCUUGUAUGCCCUCUCCCUAAAGCUCAAGAGAAGAUACUGGAUUCUUCGGGGCCCGACCAACAAUUAGGGAAUAGA